AUGAAUCCGUACGCGUAUCAACAAGCGCAACUACAUCAGCAACAGCCUCAAUAUCAGUUUCAAGGACAGUUCGCCCAACCACAGCAAUAUUAUUAUGUUCAACCGCAAGCGUCGACACAACAGGCAUUUCAAGCGCCGCAUACAUACGCCGCCCAGCAGUAUGGAACUGUUGGUUAUCAAAAUCAGCAAGCUGUUUCCGCUGUGGGACAGUAUCCCGUGCAAGGAUAUGGACAAGUUGUCGGGACACAGCAAUACGCUGUGGCAGGACAAGGCUAUUAUGCUGUCCCCGGUGCUCAGCAGGUAACAAACCAAGGCCUUGAACAAACUGUUCAGUCUCAGCAACAAAGCGCCACGGAAAAUCAAGCACCACCUCUGCCACCAGAGCAGCAAUCUGAUCCUUCUGCUCCUCCUCCGCUCCCUCCUGAACCAGCUCCUAGCUCAAGCGCCAGUAAUGCCGCGACAUCAUCGGGAGUAUUCGGCUCUGUAGCAGGGGACCAAGGCAAUGCUGAGCAGCAGAUUUUGGAAGCACAGAAGCAGUAUCAGGAGAAGUUCGCACAGUGGCAGCAGCAGUAUGCACAGUGGCAAGCUCAGCAUCAGAAUCACCCCGAUCAGAAACAGUAUCAAGAGUGGCAGAAACACAUGGAGCAUUGGCAGCAACAGAGUCAGAGUCUACUGCAGACGCAGGCUGGUGGGCAGCAGCAGGUAUUGGCAGCUACAGCGACUGUCCAGCUUCCAGGACAGCAGCAACAACAGUUGCAGCAGCAACAUCAAUUUCAGCAGCAACAACAGCUGCAACAAAAUGUUCCAUCCCAGCAGAAUCAACAACUUUCAUUUCAGCAUCAAGGUCAACAACAGCAACAACAGCUUUACCAGGUGCAAGGACAAAGCCAACAAGAUUUCUAUAGCAGUGAAAACCAAAUUUAUCAACAACAACAGCAACAACAGUCUCAUCAAGGCCAGCUUCAUCAACAACAGCAGCAACAAGCCCAACCACAGUGGCUUCAAAACAGAUCGCAGAAUCAACAAGUAAUUCAAUAUCAAUACAACCAACAACAACAAAGCCAGUCUUAUGCACAUGACCAGAGGCAACAGUGGCAACCACAUCCAGAACAUCAGCAGAAUAGUUCGGUGCAAAAUCAGGAUACUUCUAACAGUGGUCAGGUUCCGAAAUGGAUGCAAUCUGCGAAAACUACAACAACAGCAACCAAACAGGAAUCAAAGUGGAUGCAGGCUGGUAAUUUGAAGUCAGUGAAUCAACAAAAUAUGUCUUCUGUGUCUACUAAUGAUACCAAACAGUUGCCAAGUUGGAUGCAGAAGAGGUCAUCAAUACAGCAGAAGACUUCGGAAGGAGCACAGAAGCAAGAGGCAGAACAGAAGGACAUGCCAAAAUGGCUUCAAGAAAAGCUUGAGAAAACAGAACAAGAUGUCAAGCAGGCAGCAGCUGAGAGGGCUGCACAAGAAGUGGAAGUCCAAAGGAAGCAGAUGCCAAGGUGGAUGCAAGAUCAAGGAGGUAGAAGCAAGGCAGCUGAAUCAAGUCAGGUGCCGCAGAAGUUGCUACCAAAAUGGCUUCAAGAUAAACCAUCAACAAGUGGAAGUCAGUCAGAAGAUCAAAAAACCGUUGGUCAAGUUCCAAAAUGGCUUCAAGCCAAAACAUCUGCCUCUCAAGAAAGUACUGUAUCAACAUCAACAGGUAAAUAAUCAUCUCAAUAUUGAAAAAAAGUUGUUUGAAAGUUGAAAUCAUUCCCGCCUAGACUUGUCCUUUGAGCUGUUCAGGUUUUGCAAGCAGUAUCCAUGGUGACAGAUAGUAUAAUUCUUGCUCUUGUCUUUUAUACCAUAAAUGAUAUGGUAUUGCUGCCUUAUACUGUAAGAUUACCUGAUAUGGUGCUACAGGGCUUGACGUUGUGACCUGUGGGGUCGCCAAUGCGACCAGCUUUUACUCAGUGGCAACCAAAUUUUCAUGCCUGGUCGCCAACCUGGCCUCCAAGAUAGGUGACUUUCUUCUUUGGGAAAACGUACACUAAUGAUAAUCCGUUAUCCUUCACAAAACUAACAGAUAGCUAAUAGUUUUUCAGGGUUUUUCUAACGCUCUAAUGUUUUGCCCAAACGCUCUAAAGUAAUGGUUUGUCCAAACUCUCUGAUGAUUUGUCUCAACGCAUUAACGAUUUCUACACUCUAACGGAUUAUUCUUAUGAUUUCCUGGACCUUAAGCUUGCCUACCUGUUUGAGGAGAUGUACGCUUGAGUGUGGGCUCAUUUUCCCGAACACCGGCUGGUAAUUGAGCCUCAAGCGAAACCUGUUCGAAAGAAAGUUCAAAAGGAAGUCUAAAGCGUUCUUUUUCUGUUAAGGCUAAGUAAAAGAUGUUAAGUUUAUUUAAUGCCAUUAAUUCUUAAAUAUAUUUUUGGCGACCAGAACACUUGUUUUGGCUACCAAAAAUGAAAACUUGGGGGCCAGCUGGCCCCAAGAUUUUUUUCUGAAAGUCGAGCACUGUGCUAGAGUUCUGGUGCCUUUGUGUUUUUUAGUUUCAUCGUCACCUGUGAAAAGACCCUCAAAAUGGGACAGAGAAGAAAGGUAACUCAAUAAUAUUUUAUUUGCCUUUUUGUUUCCAAAGGGUUCAGUUUUCAUUGUGUUUCCUAUUCACCUUUUCUCCAUAAUACCUGUUUCAACAAUACGUAUAAGUAGUUGAUCCCACACAAUUUUUUCAGGAACCUCCUUUUGGUCCGAAACUGGUAUCUACACGUAUUCUGUGCCUUGCUUUGAAGUUUACCUGUUAUCUUUUACAUCCGAAUGCACUCCUGAAUUGUUGUUUCUACUAGUAUCUAAGGACUGAUUAAGAAGCAGCAUCAGGAAGUUGUUUUUUCUUUCUGCCCUUUGUAUUUUUUAUCAAGUCGUUGGCUGUCGACCUGUCUUUCACAGCGUUAACCUCUGCUUAUUGGGAAAAAUCAUGUAAAACAUACAGCUCUAGUAGCCAUAAUGUAAGUGCAUGUAAUCACUGUUAUUCAGCUGAAGGUCAUGUACAUGCGUGUUACAUACAUGGUAUCAUGUACAUUGUAAUGACAUCCUCAUGCCACAAGGAUGUGUGCAACAUUUCUUUAAAUGAAACAAGAAUAUUAUUAAUUUUUUCCUUUUUCUUUUUCAGAACUCCCCUCUCUACAUCUGUAACCAUCAGUCCACAAAAAUUAGACCCUCUGAAGGAAAUUCAGUUGUUGAAGCAACAACAAGAACAACUUCAACAACUUCAGGAGCUUGAGAAACGUUUUAAGCAAACAUCUUCUACAUCGUAUGCAUCACCUUCUUCAUCAGCUAGUUCUUCCACAUACAACAGCCAAACAGCGUCUACAACUUACAUGAGUGCAGAGAGAACACAUGCUGGGUUUCAAGACAAAAGUAAGUAUCAAUAUACCUUAACAGGAAACAAAAUAAUCCAUUGCAAUGUUCCAUUGUCUUCAAUGAUGUUAUAAGAUUUGAUGUUCACUUACUGAAAAUGAUGGAUCUACAAGCUACAACAUAAUGGAUCUACAAGCUACAACAUGGGGUUUCACUGAAAAGUUUGAAAUGUUUUCUUAAGUCAUGGUCUUCUUAUGACCUGAAGACCAGGCUAUGUUUACAUGGCAUUAAAGUUAACCCUGGAGAUGCCCCCCCCCCCACCCCCUUGAGUCGCACAUUUGGAAGGUUGGCCCAUACAGGUAAGAGUUUGAAUUAACCUUCAUUGCUAUUAAGGGAGGCACUCUCAGUUCAAAGGUGGAGGAGGCUCCCCUCCCCCCCUGCAUUGCACAUUUAGAAGGUUGUUCCAUACAGUAACCUCCAUUCCUAUUAAGGGAGGGACUGUCCGUUCAAAUGCACAUGUAGAUUUCUUCUUUAAUCCCCUUCCUGAACCACCUAUGAAACAAGGACAUGGGACAGAACACAAUAUGAUCAUGGGUGUAAUGAGCACACAAGACAUUCUGUUGCAUCACAGUUUUGAUGCACACUUAGAUCAUGUGCCAUAGAUCAGACCAGCACACAUAUAGACUGUAGCAUUUUAAUGUUUGAUUUGGGCGUGGGCGGGGGGGGGGUAGGGGGCGGGGUACAGUGGUAUAGACUUUAUCUGGAACAACGUUGAAAUCUCGUCAUUAUGUUGUAGGUUCUACCGAGAAAACUAUGCCACAGAAGCCAAAAAAACCACCUUGCAAGUUCUUUCCGAAGUGUCGCUUUGGAAACAACUGCCAUUUUCAACAUCCACCAUGCAGUUCAGGCUCAAGGUUAGCUCUAAAAAUAAUGUAGGAACAAUGUUAAUGAAAGGAUAUGUAGAGCCUUGCUGUAAGUGGAUCUUGAUCCAGGCUUCUCAAUAGAUUUUUAAGUAGGAGGUGAUCACUGAUAAAGUAGGAGGCUCUUCAGCAAAGCCAGAGGUGUCAAAACAAAGCAAAGAAAAGCGACCUAAACACAAAGUAAGCGGCUAUAAAUCCCAAAGUAAGAGGCGAUCAAUCGCCGGGUGCCGCCUUCUAUUGAGAACCCUGUUGAUCCAGUGUGAUAUACAAGCAUAUUGAAAGGAGAAUCUAGCAAUAUGUCAUAAGUCAUUUAGGGCUUUUUUACACACACCCCUUUGUACUCAGUGGAAAUUAUGACUCUAAUUGAGAUCAGAUCUUGCCUUUUCACCAGUGCACACCAGAGAGAGGUUGUCAAGGUACAUGUGUACUAAGCCUUUACUUCCAUUUUUGUUUAAAUGCCAAGCAUGUUUCCUCUUUUUCUCUUCACUUUUUUGUGGCCACCUGAUUUUUUGACAGAAAAAAAUGCAACUGUUUUAUGCAAUUCUUAUUUUUUACACCAACCAUUAAUGACAUUUAGUUUUUGGAAAACCAUUAAUGGGAAGAAUUUCCAUUUCACAAAAUUAAUCAUUUUGACUAUUGAAUUUUUUAUUUACAGUGUAGUAAAUAUUACAAUUCAUAUUAUCAAAAAAGUGCUCCUUUUCCCUUUUUGCUGCAUCAUUUCACAUCUAUAAAACUUCUUUAGGUCAAGUUUUUGCAUAGUGUUGAACAUCUUUUACAACAAUGUACUGAAGGAGUACUUUUUCUCUUUCAGAUGCACAAGUGGUGAUUGUAUAUUUGACCACAGUGCUGAUCCCACAACUGAAGAAACUCCAGAGGAACCACAAUACCCAGGUACACUACUCACCUCUGUUAAAGGACUAAGACUAUUAUAAAUUAUUAUUAUAUUUAGGCAUUGAACUUUUUCCCAUUGUUUGUUGCAAUCUAUGGCAAGGAUUGGUAGAGAUUUAAACUUGACAAAGUUGGCCCAUCUUUUUCAAGGUUUAAUGCUACGCCUGCAAAAAUCAUAAAAAAAAAACCAAAUCAUUAUGGUUAGUGCUCCCUGAUGAAAUUUCUUUGAUAUUAUGCUUCAUAACUUUACAGGAGCAUUUUGAGUCCUUAAAUCUAUCACUCCCAGAGUUAAUUGAUGGGUAAUUAUGGUUAAUACCGGUAAUUACCAUUAUUAAUUUUGCUGUUUCCUUUUGUUUUUAGAAUUAGAGGCCUUUACUGAGACAACUGAGACAUUCAGUGGAGUCAUGUCGCAGUUUUCGUCGAGAGGAGACCAGAUUCCUGGUAUAGGAGAUGGUGAAUUCCCCGUGGUACCUGCCAAACCAGAAGAGGAGUCUGUAGAAGGUCUGUUGAAAUAACUCUUUCAUUCUUAAACUCAAAUGUCAUCGAAAAUCCCAAAUUUCAUGUAGAGUAAUAAUAUUAUUGAAAGAUCACUUAUGCUACACUAGAACACUCAUUUCAUCCACAGACUCAAAAGUUAGAACCACCUUGUACAGCAUACUAAACAGUACCACAGGAAAGUACUGCUCAGCAUUUUUUGUUUGAAUGGUCACACCAUAGCAUUUUGUCAACAGAAUCAAAAGUUAAAACUACAUUACCUGGUACAUGUCCUUGAAGUUGCCUCAGCCAAAUUUGAUUACAUGUAUUCCUUAUUUUAGGUGAUGACAAAUACCAGCUUGGAGAUGGUAGUUACCAGGAAAACAAUUAUGAGGUAAACAUAAAGUUUAACGAUUUUAGUCUGAGCCAAUGCAAAACUUUAAGCUGAAGGAAAAGUUGGCCAAAAAUUAAAUAUCUGCUCUAGGCUAAACUAAAAUUCAAAUUCAGAUUUUUGCAACCUUCCUAAUGUAUGUGCCACAAUGCAUGUAACUGUCACAAAUGAUAUGCCCUAUGGGUAUCUGCCACUUCCACAUACAGUGUAUGUGUACCACACAAUAGCCAUUUUGCACAUUGACAUUAGAAGGGCAAAUUUAAGCUGCCAAGUUCAAUAUUAUUAAUGUAAAUUGCAAAGUUUUACAUAAUGAAUAACUUUAGGCAGUAGAGUUGAAAAGAAUACCCGGAUAGAAAGAGUAUAAAUGCAAAAAUUUUUGUUUACAGACUCAACUUGCUUGUCUAACACACACAUGUAUAAGGGCUGUGCUCUAGCAGUACCUGGUUGGCCCAUGGCGCUUAAGGUUUGCUCUGGGGCAACUAGAAAAUCUAUGUUUUUUUUCACAGAAAUCAUAUGCUGGGCACCCUGAAUUUCACAGGUUCAGGGCACUGUACUCCCUUCAAUUUUUCUUAGUAAGAGCGUAGCCUUGUGUAUAAGGGCUAUUCUUGGAGCAACUAACCCAGAGAUUAUGUUAAGUACUCUACUCUCCCAACGUGUAAAUAAAGUCGUGUCUGAUAGCCCGGGGCUAGUGGAUUUGUUAUCGGGCUAGUGAUUUCUGUUCUUAACUUGCGCAACGGGCAAGUGCUGUUUUUUGGGGAAAUUCAGAUUACAGAAAGAUUGGAAUAAAUCCUGCCAAUCAAAAAGGGUUUUGAGAGCUAGUUGAAAUGACUUGUGGGCUAGUACAUGCUAGAUACAGCUUGCCCGAAUGGCAGGCAGUAAAACAAACUUUCUUUGCACCCUGUCUCUUAAAGGCUCCUCAAGAUGACUACAUGGAGGUUGAAAAUGAACAGUAUACAGAAGGAGGAGUCGAUGAACAACAAUCAGUCCCUGAACAGACCACCCAAUAUGCAGCAGAUCAAGACAAAACACAUGGUGAACAAUGGCAGUGGCAGGCUGAAAAUGAAUGGGGAAGGCCUGCUUACCAUCAGGAGCAUGCUGGUGAUGCAGGUAUUGUAAAUUCAGACUUGGCAACCGUUGCUUACAAAUUGAAACGGGCAGACAUACAGUACCUGAAACUCCAGAAAAUCUUUGAAUUUGCCCUUUCUGCCACUUAAAUGAAGUUGAACACGAAAUACUCUUUCUAUUAGUAAUCUUUAUGAUAGUCUUUGAUCUAACUUUUACAGAAACGUUAGUAAUAGAUAUCCCCUUUUUAAACCUGAGAAUUCUGUUUUUAACUUGCCCGAUGGGCAAGUGAUGUUUUUGUGAGGAAUUUAAAUAACAGAAGAACUGUGAAACCAAUUGUGCUAGUCAGCAAGUUUUUGGGGCUAGUUGAAAUGACAUCUGGUCUAGUAAUUGUUAGCUUCAGCAUGCCUUAAUGGCAAGCUGUAAAAAUGAUUUUCUUUGCACCCCGCAACUCUCACUCAUUUCAUUCUGAACUGUUCACUAAGUGAGUUAUUAAUUUCUAUCUUGCAGGCUCCUCUCAGGAGGCGGAUUGGCCAUCGGCUAGAGGCAGGUUCUCCAGAUGGGGUGAAGGUGAACCUCCUCCAGGAAGAGAGGGGAGGAUGCCUGUGCCAAGAGAGGGUGACAGUGAAGGUUCAGGUGACAGACGAGAUUGGAGACCACCCCUUGAGAGAGAUGAGUGGGGACGUCCAAGGCCUCCUCACCCAAGAGAUGAAAGGGAGAGUGCCCUUGGAAGGCAUGAAAGAGACAGAAGGCCACCAUUUCCUGAUGAGCGUGGCAGAGGGCCGCCUUUCCCUUCUGAUGAACGAGGAAUGAGACCCCCCUGGUGGGAUGAGCGUGAUGGAAGACCACCAUUUCCAAGGGAUGAACGAGGCAGACCACCUUAUUUAAGAGAUGAAAGAGAGAGGUCUUCUUUUUCACGAGAGGGUUGGGAUGAAAGACCUCCUUUCAUGAGAGACAGAGACCUUGGGCCACCAUUCAGAGAUGAGAGAGGAACAGAGCCCCCCGCAGAAAGAAUUGAAGGUGAAUCAGCUUCUAAAGAUGGGAAGGAAGCCCAUGAACAGAAAGAGUCAUCUGAGAAAAAUGUAGCUCCACAACAUGAAAUAAAGAGAUCACCAGCUAAAGAGAGGCCACCCUUUCCAAUAGAUGAAAGAGAUCGGCCACCCGUUCCAAGAGAUGAAAGGGAACGGCCGCCUUUUCCAAGAGAUGAAAGGGAUCGUCCACCAUUUCCAAGAGAUGAGAGGGAUCGGCCACCAUUUCCGAGAGAUGAAAGGGACCGACCACCAUUUCCAAGAGAUGAGUGGGAUCGCCCACCAUUCCCAAGGGAUGAGUGGCAUCGACCUCCUUUUCCACGAGAUGGAAGAGAUCGGCCGCCUUUCCCUCCAGACGAUGGUGAUUUUCCAUUUCCACCAAGAGAUGCUCGGGAUCGUUGGCCACCACACCCAAGGGAUGACAGAGAAAGAUGGCCACCACAUCCGAGGGAGGAAGUAGAUGCAUGGGCUUGGGAACGAGAGCAUGGUCCCCCUGGCAGACCUUUAUCUCCAAGGGGAAGAAGUAGAAGGGGAAGACCCCCAUUCCAUGAAGAUCACAGGGGAAGACCCUUGUCACCACCUCCAUGGCCCCCAUUUGAUCAUCCCCGGAGGGGAUGGUCUCCUCCCGGACGUGAUUAUCGGGGAAGAUCUCCAACACGUGAAGAAUUUGAUCGAUUUGGCCGGCCACCACCUCCACGUGAUGCUGAUUUCUUUGAUGACCGAGGUAGACCACCACCACGGGAUUGGGAUCGAGAAGACUGUGAGUUUCUGAAUAUUAUAAUGUAUCAGUAUUGACAGUAAUCAAUUAAAUUAAGUCUUCUUUGUAACUCUAAAGGAGCAUUUUGUGUAUGCCUAAAUAAUGGCUUUAGCACAGAAGUGAUCUAAAACGGCAAUAUCAUUGUGAUAUAGUCCCUUUUAAGAUAAACUGUUCAUUGAGACAAAGAAGAUUUCUGUGUCCAUAUGCAAGUGUGAUUCUCUUCAAAUGUGUAAUUCUGACAUAAUCAGGAACGCAAUGUUUGAUACAUUCAUGUAAGAUUAUUCAUAAACCUUCACCAAGGAAGACCAUUUGAUGUUGCUAACAUAAAAUUCCCUCACUGCAAGGUUACUUUGAACUUUUAAAUUUAAUAUUAGGGAGGAGACCACCUGAUGACGAGAGAUUCCGAGAACGUCAUCAUCCAGAUGAUCGAUGGCGAAGAUCACCCCCACCCUAUAGGGAUCAUCCAGAGCACUUCCCUCCUGAUCGCCCUAGAGAGUGGCCAAGAGACGAAAUGAGGGGUCCAGAUGAGAGGUUUGUUAAUCAUGUCUUCAUCCACUCCUUGAGACAUUGGAAUGGUAACCAACAUAAAAGCAUUAAUCAUAACUAUAACAAAAUUCUCAAAUCUGUUUGGUUAUCAACUGUCCUGUUUUCAGUACUAAUAGGACAUUGAAUUGGACGGCACGUAUCAUGCCUAUGAUUGGACAGUAUGCGGCAUCACACGCUUGGGCUUAAACCGCUUUUUUUCACUGCUAGCAAAAAAACUCUCGGAAUUUCCCCGGCAACUAUAAACGUGGCCCGUGGCUACUUUAAUAGGAAAAUAAAAGAAAAAUAGAACCAAAAGAAACCCGUAGCUGUUUGAUUCCCUGCCUCCUUGUUGUACUUACCUGGCAACUUGAAAUCUUAGUCGUCCCAACAAUUUUUGAAAUGUUACCUUCUCUUUUGCAUUAAUUUCCCUUAUUCAAGGGUCAAGUUAAAUUCCAAUACCUUAAUUUCAUGGAGCAUUAAUUUCCUAUAGUAAAGUAUUUACGUUUUUUGAACAGAUGGUAUGAUGAGCAAGCUCCUACAGAUAGAAGACCACCCCAUGAUGACUACUAUAGAGACAGACCCCCGUAUCCUGAAGAUCGCCCUAUGCAUGACCCUGCUAACUACCCACCCCACCCUGAAGAAGCUGGACACCAGAGUGAACCGCCCAGGUUUGAGAAGAAGGCCGAGGUUGUUCCUGUUGAGAGUAUUCUUGAUUCUCCAGGAAGAGAAUCCAGACCUGAUCGGGUAAAUAUGCCAACCUUCUCAUUUAUGAAUUAUUGUACCAGCUGGCAGUUCCGUAUGUUUACAUGUACUUCUAUAUUUUUGUUGUUGUUGUUUCAUUGUUAGCCUUUAUGGAAUAUGAAUUCCUGUAAUUUGUGUUCAUGAAAUUCUGCAUUUUUUUUGUGUGUGAAUCGUUUUAAGGUCGGAACAACUAGGCAACAUGUUGCUGUAAUAGGUCGCUGUGACAAAUCUCUCCCUGUGUACUAGUUGGGAAUAACUUGAUGCAACUCUUUAUGUCACAGCAACAAAUUGCUUUAUGUGUCUCAGCAACAAAAUUUUGCCACUACAACAAGAUGCACUUGAUUUUGUAUGAUCCAGUUGCCGAGACAAAGAUUUUCACAAAAAUUCUCCAGUACACAUGCAUUGAUUUGUUGCCGUGACAUGUCGCCUCAAUAUGUUGCUGCAGCUUGUCAGCCAGUGAUUUCCGACCUUUAUUGUUAAAUUUCUUUGUUGCAGAUUGUGAUUAUUCUCAGAGGGCCACCAGGGAGUGGCAAAACCCAUGUAGCUAGGCUGAUAAAGGUGAGUUUUAUAAUUGUCUGUUCCAUUAAGGUUUGAUUGUAGCUACUGCAUUAUUGUCACUAUUGUUUGUGAAAUUUCUUUGUUUGUUACGGCAGCAAACCAGGAAGCCAUUUUGCUUGUAAUUUAGGCGAGUUUGGUGUGGCUUGCUCAGAGGAGCUGGAGGUGAAUCAGUGAAUAGCACUGGAUAUCUCGAGUUUGAGUAGCCAAUCAGAGCGCACAAAAACACUAUCCACUGUUUUAGUACUAUACUUACAUUUAUCGUUAUUUUCCACAAUCUCCAUUACCAUCAUCACCCCCUUCAUCAUCAGUCUUAAAUAUUAUUUUUCUUUCACUGCAGGACAAGGAGGUGUCUUAUGGAGCUCAUGCACCCAGAAUAUUAGCCCUGGAUGAUUACUUUUUAAUGGAGGUUGAGAAAACUGAAAAAGACCCAGACACUGGGAAGAAAAUCAAGAAAAAGGUGUGAACCUUAACCCUUUAAGCCCUAAGAGUGAUCAGCAUGGAAUUUCUCCUUGUAAUAUCAAUGCUUUGUAAAACAGAGUGGUCAUGAGAAUUAUGGACAUGAUCACACAAGAUGAAUUUGCUUGAUAUUUUUUAUCAACUUCUCCACACUACUUCUGUAGGAGAUAAACAGGGGCAACAAAUGAUAAUUCAGAUUUUAAUCUUAAGGUUUAAAGGUUUAAACCUUGUACAGUUGAACCUCUCCACUACGGCCGCUUUCGGGACAGAAGAAAGUUGCCGUUGUAGAGGGGUGGCUGUUAGUGGAGGUUUGACUGAGGUUAUUUUUUACUAGAAAUACAAUGAUUCAUGUCUUGUAAGCGCAAAUAAGCCAUGUGAAACUGGACAAAAACUGUAGCGUGAUACAGUUAGAAGAAAACUAACUGUUAGUUAUAAAUUGUAGGUGUAGAAACCUCUUUUUUACUACUCUGUUGUAAUGGAAAUAAAAUUUGUAAGUACAUGUUAUUUAAACCCCUGUUUAAUGAUUAAAUUUUGGGAUGUUCAUUGCAUCUUUAUGGCAGUGCAUGUGAUGUAUCUCCUGGGAGACAAAUGAUGACCACAGAAUUACAAUCAUGACUGAACUACAAGCUGGAAAUAAUCAAAAUUUCCUAAAAUAACGGAAAAAACAUUUGAAAUUUUACAUCUUGUUUUGUUAGGUGACUGAAUAUGUUUAUGAAGAAGAAAUGGAGGAGGCUUACAGAAGUAGUUUGUUCAAAUCUUUCACUAAAACUCUUGAAGAUGGCUUCUUCCCUGUUGUUAUCGUGGAUGCGAUUCAUGAUAAGGUAAGGUUUGGUUACCAUAGUUUCUCAAAUUCGCCAGGUAGUACCUCCUUAUUCAGCACAAUUAACAGUACCACAUGAAAGUACUGCUCAGUAGCUUUCAUUUGAAUGGUCACACCAUAGGAUUUCAUCCACAGACUCAAAAGUUAGAAAUUUUUAUUGUGACUCCGUGAUCAAGUUUGGGAUGUUAUGGUUUAGUGUCAAAUGAGGCUAUUGGGUGAAUUGAUCACAGUGAAACGUCACUGGUAUGAAUAGUUAGGAUGUUGGUAUUUUCAUAACAAAUAUAUGAAUAGGAUUGUGCAGUUAUACAUGUACCAAGAUUGAACAACAUCGAUUUUCUCCUAACAAAGAUACAUAAUCAAAGAUAAAGGUUUUGAGACUUAAUAAAACUGAUCACUAAACGGAAAAUGCUUUAAACUUUGUGAAAUGCUCUCAACUAAUUCUUGAGGAAGAUGUUUGGAGAUCGGUCUGGAGAAUUUGAAUGUGGAUCUUGGGGAUUAAAGGGUUGAAUGACUAGGUUCUCGUUGUUGUUCUCUUGUUGUUCCAGAUGCAUAACUUUUUUAAUUCGUCUUGCGGGUGAUCUUUUGCGUCUUUAGGUAGAGCAUUUUGAGAAAUAUUGGAGUCAUGCAAAACAAAAGGGUUUCGAGGUAAGAAUUCUGAAAGGUAUUAUUUUAAAAGUAUUCUUCAAGUAAUCAGACAGAGAUGUUCUUUGACAAUUGUGAGACCAAACAAAGGGAAGGACACCGUAUGUUCACCUAUUAUCCGGCAAGAGAUAAAUAUUUAGGGCGCUUCAAAUAAUUAUAUUUUUUGUCUGGCAAAAUAUCAUCAUGUCCCAACUGGAGUAGAGAAGUCAUCUUUCAACCAGUCGGGUGUACGUUCUUGUGAGAAUGUGCUGUGUAACUGUCGACUUUUUUUCUACAACAUUCUUCCCUUAUCAUUCUGUAAACCCAAGCCCAAUGCAAGAUCUACUCCGGGUCGCAAAGGUAUAAAGUUGCCGUCACAAGCCCGACGUUUACUUAAUGUAGGCUAUUAAAAUGGCGCUGGAAGUACUGUCCAAUUACUUAGGCAUGACGCGUACUGUCCUAUUAGUGUUGAAAUCAGGACAGUUGAUAGCCAAUCAGAUUUAAGAAUUUUGUCGUAGUUGUUAUGAUUAAGGCCGUAAUCUGUGUGUUUUGUUGCACAGGUGUAUGUUGCUGAGUUAAUGGCCGACGCGCAUGAUUGUGCUAAGCGGAACAGUCACAAUCGAACCUUUGAGGAAAUCAACAAGGUCAGUUCUUGAUCUUUGUCAAACAUGAGAAGAAGUGUUUCAUCUGAUAUUCAAACACUGACGAGUGAUAUAUCAAACACGAGAAGGAGUGUUUCAUGUAAUAUAUCGAACACGAGAAGAAGUGUUUUAUCUGAUAUCCCAACACUGAGAAGUGGUAUAUCAAACACGAGAAGGAGAGUGUUUCAUCUGAUGUUGAAACAUCGAAAAGUGGGUAAAAAUACUCUAGUAUUCAGGGUAGAGUUACGUACGAGUUAGAGAAGCAUGUUUUUAAAACUGCUAAGUUAUGAGGGGCAGAAAUGUCUGGUCGUGAGAAGGUUCAAGAUCCCUUUCAAGGGAUGAGCAGAGGCAUCCUUAGCAAAAUUUUGUGCCCCCAUUUGAUGCGCCGAAGUAACUUGUAGAAGUAGUGUUUUACAAGUUGAUACCUGCAGUGCUACGCUUCAAAAAAUAAUAUCAUUUUUAAGGAAACAGUUGUUAUAUUUCAGAUGGUAUCGGCUUGGGAGGAGACUCCAGUUCAUCAUCUAAGACUCGAUGUACGAUCAUUGCUGCAAGAUGCUGUUAUUACCGAGGUUCGUGCUCACCAUAAAUGCCUGACGUUUGUAAUUGUAAUGAAAACAUAUCGCACGAUACAGACAAUCAAUUCGUUCGGAAAUUGCUUUGUCGACAGCGAAUGGCCUGGAAUUGAAAUGGAACUUGAAUUUCCCUGAUAAUAAACCGUGUCACAUCGCCUUUUUCGCGCAGGACGCAGAAACUAGUUAAUUCCGCCCAUAAAAACAACGGUCUAUUGUGAAAGACAACUGAUUUUAUAGUUUUCGUUCUUAAAACGCCUGCACCAAAGUUUCAAGUGUUUAAACUGUAACAAGUGUUCACUGCAAAGUGCACAGUAAUAGGAAUAAUCGUUCAUUAUUACUUCAUUGCGUGAUUUGUUUUGUAACACCAAAAAAAAUUUCAGUUAAUUCACGUAUAAAGGUGGUAUUUGCCACCUUUUGAUUACACCUUUUUAAAGGCGCUCAAAUACUUUUGGCGGGAAACAGUGUUGUUGUUAGACGAUGUGUAACCUCGAAGUAGUAGCCAAUGAGAACGCGCGCUGUAUAACAUUGAACAAUCACUUUUGGUUAAGGUUGAGAUGGAGACAGCAGAUGAAACCGCUGAUGGAGAUGGGGCAGGAACGCAGGCACAGGAGCAGGCAGCACAGGAGGACCAAGGGGAGGUAGGGAAAAAUAACGUAAAACUAAAAGAAAAAUAUUACAUUGCAGCGUUAAAAUACCACAGGAUAAAGGCAUGCAAGGUUAAGGUAGGAUGGUAAAUAUCUGUUAGUAAAUAAGUCAAACUGUAAAAUGAAAAACUGAUAUUGACUUUCGUUAAGCCACAAAAAAUAUCAACAUGUUGAAAAUAGAACAUCAGAGAUAACAACUUUGCCACCCAUGGCAAAAGUAAAAGUCGAAAAGAUAACGAUCUUCUAAAUGGCAAAGAAGUUAGACUCUGUAGAAGGGUGGUAUACAAUGCAUGAUGCAUUCAUUCUUGGUGGUUGAAAAAGAAAUAAAAAAAAAUUGAAAUAAUUACAAAAAAAGAAGAAAGAAAAAACAGCUUAGGAAAUAUAAAUACACACUCCAUUAUAAAGGGGUAACUAACCUGGCUGUUUUAGUUCAUCACGUCAGAAAAAAAAAAGCUCAAAAGCCUUGAAUUUCAGUGAAAGUUGCUGUAAAAGGUUGAUUAUUAUGAUAAGAAAUAAAAGCCUGUGUCUAAACCAGAAGAAAACGUAAAAUAAACGUAAAAUACGUGAAAGAUACCCCCCUCCCCCCUCCCCCCUCCCCCCUCUCCUUCUCUCCAAUAAAGAACGCAUGUUAAAAAGGUUGACCACCUGAACCCGACUCUGACACUUUCUCCCCAAUUCCCAAAAUGAUUUCCCGAAUAAGCCGCAGUCCAAUUUCACUAAAAGCCCUGGCGCAGUUUCCCGAGUAAUCCCCAAUGCCAUACCCGAACAAAUAAUAACUUAAUUCCAGGAACCUAUCCCGGAAACAGUUCCCAUGCAGAGAAAACUGUAACACAAUUCCUGUAACAACUCCCAACAAAAUCCUCCCCUAAACCUCACUAGCUGGAUUUUGUUUUUAGUGGUCUCGUAUAGUUCCUUUUCACUGGGUCUGUUAAUUAUUUCAGACCAGUUUAGGUUUCUGACCACCUUCCCCUCCCCAAAGCCAACAUUUGCCCUAAGUGAGAAGUAAGGGUAAAUGUUGGCUUAGGGGAGGGGUAGGUGGGCAGUUUCCCGGAAACCUAAAUUGAUCCAUCAUUUCAGCCUAAGAUACAGGUGCCUUCACGCAGCAAAUGGGAAGACAUAGAGCCAGCGGAAGACAAACUGAGUAAGUAACCCUUCAUGUAGUAUUGCACCAAAACACUAACUGAACUUGUUUUUAAGCAGCACGUUAGUAUCAAAGGAUUUUUAGCACACUGACAAAGUUGAAGGUAGGUUAACCGAAAGUGGUGAGAAUUUGUCCAGCUUCUCUUGACGCCAAAAAUAGGACUGACGUUUUGUUGACGUGUUGGUGGCAUCCCCGCAUUACCGUGAGGUGUUUGUUUACAACUCUUUAUCGUUCAUUUGCUAGAUAAACUUGAUGGCAUUCGGCCAAUGAAGAGAAGAAGAGAAGAGUCGCCUCCCUUCCUCCCUAGUGACGAUGAUGACCCUUAUGACGAACGCGAAGAGGACAUGCGCAUUGGCAAGAAGAGGGUAAGUUCUGAUUGUGAUACCUAAUCAGCACUUCCGUACAGAACAUUUUUGAAGAUGUUAAUUAAGUAAUUUAUUUAUCUGCACAGUGUUAGCCAGGCAAAGUUGAACGCGACUGACACCUAAGAAAACUCUCAAUAUUAAUGUUCGCGAGGCCUGGAGGGAGGGCUCGUACCAGUUUUACGAUGCGGAGUUUAUAGGAACUGUAUCUCCAACUUUAUCAGAAUUCAAACAGUGGUAACCGGCAACAAACUGAGCAAAACAUAAAAAUGAUAGAUAAAAACAUGAAAAAAAGGUAGAAAGAACACAGCAAGUAUUAAAAGAGGCACGAAAAAAAGAUUGAAGCGGUUUGGAAAUUGUGGUUUUCGAAAACGUGUUAGCGGAACAGGUUUUCAAAGUUUAUGUUUGUUGUUUGUAACGUUUGAUAUAAUGCUUGAAAGACGUAUUUGUUCAACUCGAAACUGCGAUUUUGUAGUUGACAGGGGCGUAGCCAGCUUUUGGACUGGUUGUAUGCUUGACUUUCAUUUCCACAUAUCCUGAAAAUUGCACGCAUGACUAGUACGCAGUGACCUCACCAACACUUUGAGCUGUUAAGCUUUUUAGCUCACCCCAACAACGCAUAAUUUAUUACAAGCGGUAGAGUGAUCGAACCAAAAAUUUGUAGGUCCCCUUGCAACUCAACUUGAUCACGUAAAAAGUAACAUUAUAAUAUUAUCAUACCUGCCAACGUUUUCUAAGUCAAAUGCGUGAGGGUUUCGUCUUGUCGUUACCUGAAUUUCCGAACAUUUCCGACGAUUUUCCGAAGACUUCCGAACAUUGCGGAAAAUGUCCGAAGAUGCUUCGAAUAAGUUCUCGUAAUUUGCGUUAGUAACAAAAUGAACCAGACAGCCGUGACAUAUUCAGCUCCUUUGAUAUUCACUUGUGAUUACUUGUUUGUGUUGUUCAGGUUCGGUGGGCGGAUCUGGAGGAAAAGAAGGUACUCGAACACAGAAGAAGAAUCGGCUUUUGCAUAGGUACCGACUGGAGCUUGUUAACGGAUCCGAACGCUGAAAUCCCGCGUAUGUAGCGAUUUAAUAGUAUGGUGAGUUUUAAACCUAUUCCUGGCAGUCCACUGGGCGCUCGCCACGAAGGAAUUGGAUUAUCAUUUGCAAUUUGCGUGGUCCUUUAUGUUAAGUUGUUGUUAAAGGAGCGAUUAAAGAUCGCGAAUUAUACAACUUGUCCGACAAUAGGUGUGGUAUUUUUUUCCUGUCAUUGGAAUCCUUUACAACUUUAUUGCACUUACAAAUAAAGAAGGACUAAACAUGGUCCUUCGAGCCUGGUAAGCAACAUUUAUCGUUGACAUCGGAUUAUUCUAGCUCACAGAACGAAUUCGUUACUACUUUAAGUCACGCGUCUUUGUUUUCUGUCGUUGGAGGGAUAUGAAAACAUUUGAAGCUGAAAAAAAACAACGCAGACAGUUUUAUCACACAAAUUUACAGCUAGAAUGAAAUCUUUCUUUUCUGUCUUUACAACUAACUUUGAUUUUGUUUACUCCACAUUUAGGUUCCUCAGAAGUUCCGGCAAGACAACAGCCUUCUGAACAGCGGCAAAGCGAAAAAAAGCAAGACAAUUUGCGAUGGGAUUUUUUUAUUUAACCUUUUGCUCAAAGAGUACCCCCAAUCAACACGUUGAAGAGAAAUUCAAAAUUUCAGGUUAUUAAAUAGUAACAAAAUAAAUAGAACCAUGUGAAUGUACUACGAAGUAGCUUUCACUUGAAUCGUUGCACCAAAGGAUUUCAUCCACAGACUCAAAAGUUAGAGUUCCGUAGAUUAUAUGACAACAUAAUUCACCCUAGAGGAAAGGUUAAAACUCUAUCGUUCUCCCUGAAGCUGAAUUCUAAGGCCUAAUUCUACAAUUCAUUCCAUUACUACAUUUCAUUUUAUUCAACGUUUUUGUACAAAUUUUUGUGUCGUUAGUAGUUAAAUGCGAAACAUGGAAGUACAGUUCCUGUGGAAUUAUAACAAGUCGUCGCUAGGUUCUAGGAAUAAAUUAAAUACAUAUGUCGUAUCCGCUGGAUUCUGUGGUUUUGAAAAAACCACAGAUUUUGAGUGUUUUGAAUGAGGUUUAUGUGUGUUACAAAACUCAAACCCAAUUUUCAGCCUUGUGGUUUUUGAUCAACAAGGAGAGAAAAAAAACGAUUUAAAUAUUGAUGAG